GCUGCUGCCGCUGCUGCUGCUGAGCGGGCGGCCGCGGCUUGCGCCCCUCCGCUCGCCCGCGCCCGCCGGGCCCCGGCGAGGAAGCGCGAGGCGCGCGGCUGGUGGUCGGGGGCCGCCCAAGAUGGGGAACACUACCUCGUGCUGCGUGUCGUCCAGCCCCAAGCUCCGCAGGAACGCGCACUCGCGCCUCGAGUCGUACCGGCCCGACGCCGAGCUCAGCCGCGAAGACACUGGCUGCAACCUGCAGCACAUCAGCGACCGCGAGAACAUCGAUGAUUUGAACAUGGAAUUCAAUCCUUCAGACCAUCCCCGGGCCAGCACGAUAUUCCUCAGUAAAUCUCAGACUGAUGUGAGAGAAAAGCGCAAGAGUCUCUUCAUUAACCACCACCCUCCAGGACAAAUAGCGAGGAAAUACAGCUCCUGUUCCACUAUUUUCCUAGAUGAUAGCACAGUCAGUCAACCGAACCUCAAGUAUACAAUUAAAUGUGUAGCUCUUGCAAUAUAUUACCACAUCAAGAACAGGGACUCAGAUGGAAGGAUGCUCUUAGAUAUUUUUGAUGAAAACCUUCACCCUCUCUCGAAAUCCGAAGUACCGCCCGACUACGACAGGCACAGCCCAGAGCAGAAGCAGAUCUACCGGUUUGUGCGGACCCUGUUCAGUGCGGCCCAGCUGACGGCCGAGUGCGCCAUCGUCACCCUGGUGUACCUCGAGCGGUUGCUGACGUACGCGGAGAUUGACAUCUGCCCGGCCAACUGGAAGCGGAUAGUUCUCGGGGCGAUCCUGCUCGCCUCCAAGGUGUGGGAUGACCAGGCCGUGUGGAACGUGGACUACUGCCAGAUCUUGAAGGACAUCACUGUGGAAGACAUGAAUGAGCUGGAGCGACAGUUCCUGGAACUGCUGCAGUUCAACAUCAACGUGCCCUCCAGCGUCUACGCCAAGUAUUAUUUUGAUCUCCGGUCCCUGGCAGAGGCCAACAACCUGAGUUUCCCCUUGGAGCCACUGAGCCGAGACAGAGCCCACAAGCUGGAGGCCAUCUCUCGCCUCUGCGAGGACAAGUACAAGGACCUGAGGAGAAGCGCGCGGAAGCGGUCCGCCAGUGCCGACAACCUGACGCUGCCCAGGUGGUCCCCGGCCAUCAUCCCCUAACCGCCCAGGCCCACCGCAGGCCCGCGGCCCUCCAGCCCGUCUGAGAAAGAGACAAACUUGGGGUGGUUUUGGAUUUCAGGUUUUUUUUUGUUUUCUUUUUAUUCCCCUCUUUACUUCCCCUGCCCCAUUUUCCCUUUCUUUUAUUAUUAUUAUUAUUAUUUUUAAAACUCAGCUCCGUCCCGCCGCCUCCCACCGCCCUCGGGGAGGCGGGAUCGGUGGAGUGACCAUCCAGGGUCACGCCUUCCCCCAUCGCUGCCAUCUCAGUGGCCGUCCUGGGCAGCAUCUCCCUUCGCGGAGCGCACACACUGCUCUGCUCUCUGCUCUGCUCUGCAGGGAUGAAGCCACGGAGAGCAGGGAAGCGCUGCCGGCCGGGGUAGUGUUGAGGAGGAAGAUGGAAAAAGGCAGCAAGUAGAUCAGCAGGUUGGAUGCACAUUAGGGCACGCGUGCUGCCUAGAGCACGCGUGGGGAUCCAUGUGUCCGUGGAACCCCUUGGGUCUUUUCCCACUGCUGCUGCUGUGUGGGCGUUGUUUUGGGGGGACUGGCACCGGGGGUUGCUUUUGUUUUUUUUUUUUUUUUUUUGCUCCGGUCUCACGGAGCAGAGAAAUAAGCGUUUGUACCCACCAUGGCACAGAGCUCCAAAUAAACCGUGCUGGUUGUUUUCUCUCUGCACUGUUCUGCAAGCUGACUCCUGAGCUUUCUUCCCCCCCCCCCCGCAGGGGCACAUGCUUGUUUGGUCUCUGUCACCCCCCCACCCCACCACCACCUUGGCACCUUGGUUGUCCGUAGGGUUCUCUCUCUCUCAGUGGCAACGUGAACACAACUGCCCCAUCCCAAGAAAAUUCUAAAUCAUAUGGGUGCUUGUGCCUUCCAGUCCUUGGAUUUUUUUUUUUUUUCUCUCGCCCACCUUCCCUCUGACCUGAAGUUGCAGUUUGGAAAAGCUCUUCGGGCGUGUGCACACUGGCCACAAGUGGCCGGUGUUCCUUCUCCACUCCCACCCUCACCCUCACCCAUCCUCUUCCACGUCCAUUGUCUGAAGCAAUAUUCUUCCCAAUUUUUGUAUGUUCACUUUAAAUCAAAGUCAGUCUAUUUGUAUAAAGUUCUUUUAAAAAAAUUUUUUAAAUUUCAAAAAAAAAUAAAAAAGGCCAGGUGGGUAUUCCAGUGGGGAAGAUGGCUGAGGCGGGGGGGGGGACAUGUGAUAAAUAUUUCCUGAGGUAUUUUUCAGGGAGUGGUUGAAUAAAUAGAAAGAAAACUCCACUUGGCAUUUCCAUGUGGGCACUUAGAGAAGUUACAGCAAACCCCAGACUUGGGAAAACUCUCACCUCGUGGGUGACAACCGGACUGUCUCCUUGUCUCACCGACCCCAGACGGGAAGCUUCCGUCCAGUUUUGCUGAGCUCCACACGAAGCUCUGUGAGUCCCCCUCAAAUCGCACUCCUGGCCCCUAAACGUGCCCACUCCCAGCGGCCGCCAAUGUGGAGAACGGAAGGGACCCAGGAGGCCAGAGGCAGCUCCCCGCUACAUGCCCCUUCCCACCGUGCUGCUCAGGCCCCUGCGGAGUCGGUGCCUGGCGUGAACGGACCGCCCCAUCAGGUUCUCCCGCCCCACUCUGAGACGGGAACAAGCAGGGCACGGGAGCGUGCAUGUGGCAUUGAUGCCAAGCUCAGCGUGGGCGCCGGGACCAGCUCCUCAAGUCGGAGGUGAACUUUCCAACCUUCCCCAGAGAUGGACAUCCUCAUUGUCCAUCCGCCCCAUUUAGAGUGCUUACAGAGGGACAUAAUUUCGUAGCCGAAUCUGAAUACCUCUUACGUAAAUUAGUUCCUCUCACGCAAAGUAUCUUGUUUUACCAUUCCCAUCCAGGAAAAGAGGACCUGCUGCCUUUCAAGCAGAAAUCUUAUUUUUUAAUCCCUUCUGUUUGAAUGGGAGAUUUGCAAUUGAAAUCCUGUAAAUAUCUAUGCAUCUGCUAUUAUUUUGUGGAGUUUACGAAAGCUACUUCCGAGCAUUGUACAGUGUAUUUAUUGUAUGUACAUACAGUCUGACAACCUAGGCGUUUCAAGUGGAUUCCGCAGACACCUGGCUCGGUCUCGCUCAGACCUAUUGCAUAUUGUUUUAGCUUUGUACGCUGUUCUCUACCUCUGUAUAGGAAAAAUUUUCAUACUUGUUCAUUAGGGUGGAUCUGUAUUAACUGAUUUUUUUUUUCUUUUUUCGCACUAAGGAUCUUUAAGGCUCCGCUGUAAGUGUAGGUUUUAGUUUCACGUCUGAUUGAACCACUCAACACACAGGUAGAUAGUUUAGGUUCCUUUUUUUUUUUUUUCUUUUUAAUUCCAAACAUAGUGGUGAAGGAUUCGCACUCUGUUUCUCUUUGUUCUGAGUUUGCCAAACCAACAACAAAAAGAGAAGGCCGGCCCGGGGCAGCGGGCACUGCACCUGUAACUGCAGCUGGCAAGGGGCCACCGCGCCCUACGCUGGCAGCGGGUUUGCUGCGUGGGAGGACGCGGUUGCAGUGGACUUGCUCCGAGGACCACGACAGCCACACGACUUGCUGACUGCAAUGUUGACUUCGGCAACAGAUCAAGUCCCUGGAACGACAAUGAAAGUGUAUCCCAAUGAGUUUUAUGCUGUUGUUUUGUUUUGUUUUUUUAAACUGGGCUAAGGAAAGGGAAAUGAGGGCGGGAUGCCAGAUGGAGGGGAGCAAGCUGAGGCCUGCCACGGGGCACGUUCUCGUGCCUUCUUUGCCCUGCGGAGGCCACGGCGGGAAGCCUCCUGGGCCGUCGUCUGCUCUGGCUGCCCUGCCAUUUCUUCCUCUGGGGCUUUGGGGAGCAAGGAGGCUGUGUUCCGGUGUGGGGAGGACCUUGAUCCUCAGCCAGGUAGCGGAGUAAAAUUAGGGGACUGAGCGGUUUUGACUGUUUCUGCGGCUUUGGUAAGCUCUCACCUGGGGCCAAAUUUUACAGCUUUUGACUUUUUAAUGAGACACAAUUCUUUGGUUCAUUGUAGGUGUUUCUUAAGUGUUGAAUAAAAACACAGAGCGAACAGUG